AUGCCGCGGUGUUACAUGGUGAAGAAGGCGUUGUGCAACAAGUACGUGAGCAGCGUUGCCAGAGGAUUCGAGAGCUGGGGUCGCAGCAGGAGCACGCCAUCGCCGACCACCAUGCAGAUACCGGUCUCGCCCAUCGAAGGGAGCGUUGCACCCCCUGUUGCUCAAGAAUACCUGAGCACCCAGUCCCAGGAGACAACGCCAACGGGAACAAAAACGCCCGAGCAGGAGGUGUCCAAAGAGCGAACGACCGAUCCAAGCGAUGUCGACGCGACCUCAUCCCCCAUCAGCAUCGCGCCAACCACCGCGACAGAGUUUCCACCAGCCGCGCGGAUGGAAACAACACCCGUCACGACAGUUCCACUGCCAUCAGAGUCGAUCGUGUCGAUCGUCGAGAACGCAACAACGACUACCACCGCGAUCAUCCCCUUCACGAUUCCCAGGUCACCGUCCCGAACCACCGUGGACCACCACGCGACGUCCACUCUUCAUCAUCCCCCACCCGGUGAACCUUCUCCACCGUCGAGCACGGCCACACCGUAUCACCUGGAGGACACCAGCAGCCGUACAACAUCAGACUCGAGGAUAGGAGGGUCCAAUUGCAACGUGAUCACCGGUCACGUGUCCUCGAUGUUCAAGGAUCGUUCACCCGCGGAAACGGAAGCAGCACACGAUCUCCUCGAGCUCUCAAGGUCUCUGCCGCCGUUACCGCCUCCCAGCGUCGCGAUUGGCCCACAAAGCGUCAUAGAGACGCCAGCGACCGACAUCCAAGAGAUGACGGUCUAUCAGCCGGACCAGCCCGUCUACCAAGUGAACACCAUCGAUCUGGCGAGCUCGACCGUUUACGCGCACCACCAGCAACAACAGCCAUCCACAGCCAGCAUCAUCUACGAGCCAAGCGCGGCGAUAGUCCAGCAAACGGGUAGCGUUUUCAUUCCACUCUCGCCUGUCCAGGAGAUCCUCCUGACCUACAGCACGCCGUCCAUCCCGUGCACGCCUAUCGUCGCUCAGCAACCACUGCAACCGCCGCCCCAGCAACAGCAACAACAACACCACCAAGCGAUCGAGUCAGCGCCCCCGCUAACCCCGCCCACGUCCGAGUGUAGCAGCGACAUAGAGAACAAUAAUCCGAACUCGCAGCCCAGCCAGAAGGACAAGGAGGUGCAGACCGUGAUCGAACAGACGGAAGCAAAACCCGCGAGCUAUACUUACGAUACAUUAUUGGUAGCCGAUGGAAGAUCGAAGAAUAAAAAGACGACAACUAACCAGAAGACCCCACCAGAGGCUGAACCAGUCGAGGCGCCUGAGACUUCGAAGAUCGGACGAUAUGUGUGCUGCGAGUGCGGUAAGCAGUACGCGACAUCGUCGAACCUGUCGCGGCACAAGCAGACACACCGCAGCAUCGAUUCCCAAUCGGCGAAAAAGUGCAUCCAUUGUGGGAAAGCGUACGUGAGCAUGCCCGCUCUGGCGAUGCACGUGCUGACGCACAAGUUGACCCACAGCUGCGGCGUGUGCGGGAAAAUGUUCUCCAGACCGUGGCUGCUCCAAGGCCAUCUGAGAAGUCACACCGGUGAGAAACCUUACGGUUGCGCGCACUGCGGCAAAGCGUUCGCCGACAGGUCGAACCUUCGCGCCCACAUGCAGACCCAUUCCGCGGACAAGAACUAUGAGUGCCACAAGUGUCACAAAUCGUUCGCGCUCAAGUCCUACCUUAACAAACACCUGGAGUCCGCCUGCCAGAGGGAGAACGACGACAGCAGCAAUGACGUCGACACGCCGGUUUAAGGAUCACGUGAGACAGCUAGCAACCAAUCGAACCUGAG